AUGAUUAGGCGAAAAAAACUUACCAUCUUUACGGAUGCCAAAGAUACAACAACUGUUUUGGAAUUGAAGAAAAUGAUAGAGGGCAUCUUGAAAGUACCUCCACCGAGUCAAAUGCUUUUUAACAAGGAUAGUCAACUUAUGGAAGAUGAUAAAACUCUGGCGGAGUAUGGUCUUACUUCGGCAACCGCCAAAGCUCAAUGCCCGGCACCGAUUGGACUUGCUUUAAGAAAAGAGAAUGGUGAAUUUGAGGCUCUAGAACUGACUCCGUACUCGUCUCCCCCUGACUUGCCCGAUGUUAUGAAAUCCCAGGAGACAAAUGGACAGGAACAGCUAAAGCUUUUUAUGAUAAUCUGCUUCUAA